AUGCUCUACGAUUCAACCUAACCAUACUAAGGAAUCAAAGGAGGAACUUCUUUCACUUAUGAUGAUUACGUACCCAAAAAAAGAAACAUGUCUACACUAUCAACUACUACUAAAAAAUAAUAACAAAAGACUUAGACUUCAGUGGCAACCUCUAGUAAUGUUGAAGACAGAUUGCUCGACUAUGAAAAAAGAAGAUUGAUAAAAAUUUAAAGAAUGCAAAUGGAAUUCCUUUCAAAUAAAGAAAAUCAUUAACUUCAUAAAAAGUUGUAACAAAAAUCUGGGUCCAAUAAAGUUUUAUAGCCAAACGAACUCAGAUCAACAUAGCAAAACAGCAUCUUGAGCCAAUGUAUGAAUAACUUUUUAAAGAAAAAUUAAAAAGCCUAACUUUACUUUUGA